AUAUAAGUGGCGGCCCAGCGCGAAGAGAUGGAGUUCCGACCCAUAGUUCUUCCCGCCACACCGUGUUCGGAGGACCACACGGCGGAGAUUACCUGGAAUAAGAAGCAGCUCCUGUUCCAAGCGAUUCAUAGAUAAUUGACAAUUUUAUUGCCUGAAUUGGAGUUCCAUUUCGGGUUGGUGUCGAUCUUUGCCAUUUUAUCAGUUUCACCAGUGCUCGGGAAUCCAUGGUUUCUUCAUUAGAGUAGUAGAGUAGCCUGCCGGCACCCCUGCUGCAUCAAGCCAUAUCAGUGUUGUCAGCAGAAUUUGUAUUUUCCUUCGUCCAGUUUUUAUCAUCUGUAUCAGUGUUCUGUGUAAUGUCUGAGGCGAGCAAGAGUCAGGGUACUUGCACUGAACGCUUGAUUGAGGAAAACAAAUGUUUACAACCUCUUCAGGUGGAUCCCGACAAUGGAGUUUCAAUGGUUUUAAAGGAAGACAUGGACGAACUUGACCAGAAGAAAGUUGCAAUGGUGAAAGAUUUGCAACUCUUACGAGAUAGAGUCGAUAAGGUGGACGCUAAUGUGGUGCAAAAUUUGAUGUCAUGCUUAAAAACUUUGGAGGAUCUUGGAAAACAGGAAUCUGAAUUCCUGUCCACUUCUAAUUCGAAGCGUAGUGAAUUGCAAGAUGAGAUUAUUGAGCUGGGGGGAAGAUUGACAGGAGACCAUGAAUGCUCAAAUUUCUUUGAUAGCUUAGAUGAUUUGAUUAGUGCAUCUGAGGAGGAAUUGGAUUCAGUAAAGAAGGCACUCAUGUCGUCCGUGAGGGAAACAUUAGCAUUAAAGAGGCUUCUUGAUGACGUGCCAACCCAAACUGAACUCAUCCAGUACGAGCGCCGAUUUUCAGAGCUAUACAUUAACAUCCAGGAUAAACUUAGGCAAACACGCAGAUACUAUGCAACCUACAAUGCACUCUUGGAGAUAAAGGAUUUGAUGUUAAAGGAGACGUCCUUAUUGAAUUCCAUAAGUUCACAGUUUCAAGAUGCCAUAGCCAGCUCUGCGAGCAAAAUGAAACUUAUUGAUUCCAUGGUGGGAAUUCUGAAAGGCAUUCAACAGAAACUAGAUAAGGUGAAUCUCUCUCAUCAAGAAGAGCAGCAGGUCUGCAAUGCUUUGAAAGAGAAGUAUGCUGCAGCAGCUGUCGAGCAAAGACGUUGCUAUACACUCUUAAAAGCUUUCCAGGUGAGCACUGAUAGUGUUGUGAUUGUGAUUGAUAUUAUACUUUCUCUGCAUAGUUUUUUAAGCCAACUUGAUCAAAAACAUACGCCCCCACUGGAGGUGUGGGUUUCAAGUCGCCCACUACUUCAAGAUGUUGUGUUGAAGGUGGUUCCAUUUGACAAAAUUUGGAGGAAUGUGCAAAGAACGAGAAGCUUCGAACCCAAAAUUUCGUGUGAAAUUUUUUUAACAAUUCCCAAUGCGUGUAUUAGCCUUCAUUCAAUUUGGUAAUUGCUAGAGGGAGCUUUUUGUGCUGAGGAGGAAGAAAGAAAGAGUUCGUUGGUUGAUUAACUUCAAAUGUGCUGCCCUGUUCCGACUUCAAAACCAGCCGGUAUGUGAAAUUAGUCCUCCUUUUUAAUGACUUCUGAUCCAUAAUUGUCUAACCUUUCAAGAGAUAAAGCAUUUGUGUGUAUAUUCCCACGCUCUCCUCCUUUGUUCCCUCAUUCCUUCCGGAUAAAUGUCUAAUAGAAAAAAAAAAAAAAAAAAAACGUCGAUGCAUAUUUAACAUAUAUAUGCAGAGACAAUAAUUGAAGAGCCUUUCUGAAGACCAAUUAAGGGUUCGGCUGACAUUUCAUUUAAAAAUAAUGCACAGAAUCAAAUUGUGACUGUGGUUACUGUUGCACCAUUUCAAUCCGA